CGCGCGAGCCGCCGCCGCAGCCGGCAGCCGGGCGUCAUUCGCGGCUCCCGGGGCCCUCGCAGGGAGCAACCGCACUCUCCCGCGCCCGUGGUUUCGCCUGCGCCGGCCAGUCCCUCGCCGCGUGGCCCGCUGGCCGGAUCUGGCUGACCAGCUUGCCCUCCGGUCUGACCCGAGGCUCCCGAGCCGCCUCGGGGACUCGCCCACACGACCCUGCUAGGGCUGGCUGCGCCUGUAAAGACUCCGUGGUUAAUGUCACCCGGCGGAGGGCUGCGAUGGAGGGGGAUGCCUCAGACUCUCAGGUGACUAUUAAGAAUAUCGAAAAGGAGCUUAUUUGCCCAGCGUGCAAGGAGCUGUUUACCCACCCGCUGAUCCUUCCCUGCCAGCACAGCGUCUGUCAUAAGUGUGUGAAAGAACUUUUACUGUCUCUUGAUGACUCGUUCAAUGAUGUGGCGUCAGACAGCUCAAAUCAGAGCAGCCCUCGGCUCCGGCUCACCUCCCCUAGCAUGGAUAAAAUUGACAAGAUUAACAGACCAGGCUGGAAGCGUAAUUCACUGACCCCGAGACCAACCACGUUCCCUUGUCCUGGCUGUGAACAUGAUGUGGAUCUUGGAGAGCGAGGAGUCAGUGGUCUGUUUCGAAAUUUCACUUUGGAAACGAUUGUCGAGAGAUACCGGCAGGCCGCUAGGGCAGCCACAGCCAUUAUGUGUGACCUUUGUAAACCACCACCCCAGGAAUCUACAAAGAGCUGCAUGGAUUGUAGUGCAAGCUACUGCAAUGAAUGCUUCAAAAUUUAUCAUCCCUGGGGCACUGUAAAAGCCCAGCAUGAGUAUGUGGGCCCCACCACUAAUUUCAGACCCAAGGUUCUAAUGUGUCCAGAACAUGAGACAGAGAGAAUAAACAUGUACUGUGAACUAUGCAGAAGGCCGGUUUGCCACCUCUGUAAGUUGGGUGGGAAUCAUUCCAAUCACCGGGUAACCACCAUGAGCAGUGCCUACAAAACCUUAAAGGAGAAACUUUCAAAAGACAUUGAUUUCCUUAUUGGCAAGGAAAGCCAGGUGAAGAGUCAAAUUUCUGAACUAAACUUGCUAAUGAAAGAAACAGAGUGCAACGGAGAGAGGGCGAAGGAAGAAGCGCUGGCGCAUUUUGAAAAGCUCUUUGAAAUCCUGGAAGACAGGAAGUCGUCUGUUCUGAAAGCCAUAGAUGCCUCUAAGAAACUAAGACUAGACAAAUUUCACACUCAAAUGGAAGAGUACCAAGGCCUUCUAGAGAAUAAUGGGCUUGUGGGAUAUGCGCAGGAAGUGCUGAAGGAGACGGAUCAAUCUUGCUUUGUGCAGACGGCGAAGCAGCUCCAUCUCAGAAUACAGAAAGCUACGGAGUCCCUGAAGAGCUUUAGACCUGCAGCCCAGGCUUCUUUUGAAGACUAUGUUGUUAACAUAUCAAAACAAACAGAGGUGCUUGGAGAGUUGUCCUUUUUCUCCAGUGGCAUAGACAUUCCUGAGAUCAACGAGGAGCAGAGUAAAGUGUAUAAUAACGCCUUGAUAGACUGGCAUCAUCCAGAAAAGGACAAAGCCGACAGCUAUGUUCUGGAAUACCGCAAGAUUAAUAGAGACGAAGAAAUGAUAUCAUGGAAUGAGAUAGAAGUUCACGGCACAAGUAAAGUUGUCUCCAACCUUGAAAGCAACAGUCCCUAUGCAUUCCGAGUGAGAGCGUACAGGGGUUCUAUCUGCAGUCCCUGCAGCAGAGAAUUGAUCCUGCAUACUCCUCCAGCUCCAGUUUUCAGUUUCCUAUUCGACGAAAAGUGUGGCUACAAUACUGAGCACCUCUUGCUGAACCUGAAGAGAGACCGGGUGGAGAGCAGAGCUGGAUUUAACGUCCUCCUGGCUGCGGAGCGCAUCCAAGUGGGCCAUUACACAAGCUUAGACUACAUCAUUGGGGAUGUCGGAGUCACGAAAGGUAAACACUUCUGGGCCUGCCGCGUGGAACCGUAUUCAUACCUGGUGAAAGUGGGAGUUGCUUCCAGCGACAAACUGCAAGAGUGGCUGCGCUCUCCCCGAGAUGCAGCUAGUCCAAGAUAUGAGCAAGACAGUGGACAUGACAGCGGAAGUGAGGACGCCUGUUUUGAUUCUUCACAGCCGUUUACGUUAGUUACUAUAGGCAUGAAGAAAUUUUUUAUACCCAAGUCACCUACUUCCUCUAAUGAGCCAGAAAACAGAGUUCUCCCCAUGCCAACAAGCAUAGGGAUUUUCCUUGACUGUGAUAAAGGCAAAGUGAGCUUCUAUGAUAUGGACCACAUGAAAUGCCUGUAUGAGCGCCAGGUGGACUGUUCGCAUACAAUGUAUCCGGCGUUUGCCUUGAUGGGCAGCGGAGGAAUUCAGCUUGAGGAAACCAUCACAGCGAAGUAUCUGGAAUAUGAAGAGGAUGUGUAGCUUGGACACCCCACGUGACUGAUGAGGAUAAGAACCGUGAACAAAGCCAUGCCUUGAUGUUAAUCUUCGUAACUAAUUACAUAUCAUUUACGUCUCUGUCACCACACCUGUUUGUACUGUGUGAUUCUUUGUUUUGUCUGGUCCUGCUGUGACACACAGGGUCUUGCUGUGUAGUCCAGACGGGCCUCAAACUCUGUUCUGUUAUAGCCUCUGGAGGGCUAGGAUUAUAGGUGGGCACCACCAUACCCAGCUAGUGUAUGAUUCUUAAAACUCAGAAGGACUUCACAACCUUGUCUCUUCCACGUCAUUGUCCUACCUAUUACAAAUGGUGGGAGUAGAGACUUUCUGUCUUAACUGGUCUGGGAUAGAUAAUUUUACAAUGGAAGUCCUUCUCUUUGGGCACAGGGACUCUAAUUGAUGUAAGUCUAAUUGGUUAUUCAUGUCCCUUUGUUUGGGGGCUGGGGUGGGAUACAAAGUAUUUAUUGUGGUUCUUUGAGCUUGUUUUUUUUUUUUUUUCUUCUUUUCAUUUUGUAUCAUGUUCAUGUCCAAAGAGAAGAUAUUUUUAAAUGCUUACUGAUUGAAAUUAGUACUAAGCCAUGUGUCUUGCAUUUGAUGUUAAUAGGAAAAUAAAUUUAUAGAUAGGUAAAAUGACAAAGGCCAUAAAAUGGUAGUAUAUUUAAGUAGAAAGUUAUGUAUUUUAAAGUGUGUAACUACUGAGAAUAUUCAUCGCCUGGCAAAUGAAUACUGCUUUUUUUUCCCCUGUAGACCACAGACUGUAUUAGUAAGGACAUCUCUAACAGUGUCCUUGUUGUAAUGCCCAUUGUCUGGCACAUGUAACAAGCAUCGUUUCAUAUAAAAACACAGGGUUCUUGAACCCGUGCAACUUUUCACUACAAUAUAAUUAUUUCCAGGAAAUGUUAUCUUCAAAUUUUCUUACUUUAGAAAAUAUUCAUAUUUAUAGCAAAGAAUUAUUUUUCAGAAAUACUAGGGAAGAUGGACUGAUAGUGAACACAUGUCUUUUUGUCUUGUGAAUUUUAUGGGUUUGGUACAUAUGUUGUAUGUCAGGGUUUUCUGGUUUUUGUUUACAAAUCUGAGAAGUUCACUGUCCAUUUUCAGCAUUGAAAUACCAGACAUGUUACAUGUUACUACUGUCCAGUUGGAUGGCAUUAUUUGUGGGCUCAUUGUGUGGUCAUAGGCACUUGUAGUGUGAAUCAGUAAAGUACAAAAUUCCUUAGAAAUAAUAUGAAAAAUCACAAGGAUGUGUCUAGUCAGUUUUUAUGUCUUUUCUACAUUGAAUGUUAAUUUCUGCAAAAUUACCUUCUGAUUAUUUGAAUUGCCUUUUUAAAAGUUAAAAUGUCCAGACACUAAGACAUGUUUCCAGCACUGAUCAUGUAUGGAAUGUUAACAUUUUAGUAGAAUAACCAAAGCUGUUUAUUUUAUUUAUUUUUUCGAGGCAGGGUUUCUCUGUGUAGUCCUGGCUGUCCUGGAACUCACUCUGUAGACCAGGCUGGCCUUGAACUCAGAAAUCUGCCUGCCUCUGCCUCCCAAGUGCUGGGAUUAAAGGCGUGCGCCACCACUGCCCGGCUCUAUUUGAUUAUUUUUAAUGGAAGCCUGUUAGGCCAAUCACACUGCGUCUGACGCAGCACUGACGGACACACACCCCUAAGUUUGUGUAGAAAGGUGUGGAGGAUUUGUGUUUAGUGGUUGUCCUUCCUCUCCCAUUUAUAUGUAGCACUUUAUGACAUAGGAAACAGAGAGAAUGUGCAGUGUUACCUGGGUCAUUGUGCAAUAAAGCUGCUAGUGUCACCAGUGUGUGGGUUAGUGUGAUACUCAAUACUCAUGUGAGCACAUGUCCUGUAGACAUUUUAAAAUAUAAAUAAAGCUUUAACAGGAGUCAGAGAAGGAAGCUGUUCAAACACUGUAUCACUCUAUAGAAAUUGCUUAGUGGAAUUUCACUUUUUAAUAAAAAAAUAAAUAAACAAAGGGAAGCCAAGUGUAGUUAUUCAAGUCUGCACUGCAGGGAUUUUUUACUCUGCUUUGUGGUAAACCGAAACAGAACACUUACUAUAAGAUGCUUUGUGGCACAUGUUAAUUUUUUUUAAUUAAAAAAGAUUUAUUCUUAA